AUGAUUCCAGCUCCAAAUCUACCAUUUGAGCGUCCGAUACCUGAAAGGAAGAUUCGCAAUGAACUAUCGCAGCUCAAGCAUCAAACUCGUUCACCAUCGGAAGAUGAGCUAGAUCCUUUACGAGUGCGAAUUGUCAAAGCUCACCACAACUCCAUCAUAGUCGGAUAUGCCUACUAUGCUUGCGUUUAUCGCAUGAAAGAGUCACUAGGAUGGCAAAGUGUGUACAGUACACCUCGAAUGGAGUCGUUAAUUAAGCAUGUAGCGCUUAAUACAAAGUUUGGACCUCAGAACACGGAUAGGAUGGUGGCUGUAGCAUUAGCAAAUGGAAAUAUUCUACUUUGGGCUUUGGAGGAAGGGGACAGCGCUGCAAAAAUUGGCACAUUUUCGCUAUCUGUAGCUGUGGAUAAGCUAUUUUUCAUUGGUAGCCAAAUGGUAGCGUUGAGCAGAACGGGGAAAGUGGGCAUAUGGCAUUCAAUGACGCACAAUUGGCAAGUGCAAGAUGUUGUGGCCAUUUCCUGCUACGACACAGCGGGAUCUUCAUUAUUAUUGGGCUGUACUAAUGGAUCCAUGUAUUACAUAGAUAUGCAGAAGUUUCCACUAAGUGUUUACCUGACACCAAAAACCAAUGUGUGUGGAAACUGGAUUGAAAUCGCGUAUGGAACCUCUUCUGGCGCUGUGCGUGUGAUUGUACAGCAUCCAGAAACUGUUGGACAUGGUCCACAGCUAUUUCAGACUUACACCGUACAUAAUUCGCCGGUGACUAGGGUGACACUAAGCACAAAUCACUUAAUCAGCGAAACUGUUGGACAUGGUCCACAGCUAUUUCAGACUUACACCGUACAUAAUUCGCCGGUGACUAGAGUGACACUAAGCACAAAUCACUUAAUUAGCGUCUGCUCGGAAUAUAACCAUGUCCGGUCCUGGAUGGUAACACGUUUCCGAGGAAUGAUCAGCACACAGCCUGGCAGUACCAGCUUGGCGUCCUUCAAGGUGCUAACUCUGGACUCUACGGAUGAUUCUGUGGAUCGAGACUACGCUGAUCCU